AGCAUCCCCAGCAUCUGGGACAUCCUGGAGUCCAGAGCAUCCCCAGCAUCCGGGGUAUCCUGGGUACAAAGCAUCCCUGGCAUCUGGAGUAUCCUGGGAUACAGAGCAUUCCCGGCAUCUGAAGUCUCCUGAGUGCAGAGCAUCUGGAGUAUCCAGAGCAUCCUGGGGGCUUAUUUAUUCCCUGGUCCAGCGCAUCCAGAGCAUCAGAGAAUCCAUAACAUCCUGUCAUCCCUGGCAUCUCGAGUAUCCUGCCAUCCAGUACAUCCCCAGGAUCCAGCAGCAGCAGCCAGGGACAUCCCAGAGCAGGGACAUUCGCAGGGAUGAGGCACUGCCUGGCUGUGAGUAACGGGGAGGGAACCUUGCUCCUGCUGAUCAGUUCCUGGGAACGUCACUCUGCCCUGAGUGCCAGUGAAGAGAGACAGUAGGGGAAGAGAGGGAGAGGAGGAGGAGGAGGAGGAGAGAAGAAGAGAGAGGAGGAGGACAAACACAGAGCAGAGAGGUGGUCAUUCUUCCCCUGGCUCCGGCUCUGGCGAUGGUCACGUAGCACAGGUCACGCCAGAGAAGGUUCCCCCAACCCCAAAGCUCCCAUGGAGGGUAACCUGGGGGCCCCCAAUUCCAGUGUGCUGGGGGAGCACUCCCUCCUCGUGGGGAGCAGCUGGGUGGCCGCUUUCCUGUGCUUCAUCAUUCUGCUGACCACGGCGGGGAACUUCCUCCUCAUCCUCCUCAUCAUCACUCAGCGCUCCCUCCGCAACACCUCCAACUACUUCCUGGUGUCCCUGUUCAUGUCGGAUCUGAUGGUGGGGUUGGUGGUGAUGCCCCCAGCCAUGCUCAACCAGCUCUACGGGCGCUGGGUGCUGCGGGGGGACUUCUGCUCCCUCUGGGCCUCCUUUGACGUCAUGUGCUGCAGCGCCUCUAUCCUCAACCUCUGCAUCAUCAGCCUGGAUCGGUACCUGCUCAUCAUCUCCCCGCUCAAGUACAAGCUGCGCAUGACCUCCUGCAGGGCCCUCUGGCUCAUCCUGGCCACCUGGACUGUGGCUGCACUGGCCUCCUUCCUGCCCAUCAAGAUGGGGUGGCACAAACUGGAGUUCGAGGAGCUCUCCCUGAACGUCACCUCGCUGGGGGACGAAGAUCAGUGCCGGCUGGUGGUCAGUUUGCCGUAUGCCCUGGUGGCCUCCUGCCUCACCUUCUUCCUCCCCUCUGCUGCCAUCUCCUUCACCUACUGCCGCAUUCUCCUGGCUGCCCGCAAGCAGGCGGUGCAGGUGGCUUCCCUUGCCUCCAACGUGGCCUCCACCAGCACUACAGAUGACACCAUUGCACAGAUUCCCUGUGUCCCGAGCCAGCCCAUGGCUGGCAGCGAGAGCAGGAGGUUCACCAACAAACACAGCAAGAAGGCACUGAAGGCCAGUCUGACCCUGGGCAUCCUCCUGGGCAUGUUCUUCGUGGCCUGGCUCCCCUUCUUCAUUACCAAUGUGACACAGCUUUCACACAUGGAUCACCUCCAUCUCGUGUACUGCACUGAGAGGAGUGAUGGAAACACAUCCCAUGACUCAUGGAUAAGAGGUUUGGAGCUGCUUCAGCCUGAGGAACAUCAUGUCUUCUUGGAACUGCGUUUCCUGACUCGGAGCGUGUCUGUCUCAGUUCCCUGUGAAGCAGUGAGUUACAGCCCACUGAAACCAUCGUGGAAACUCACUCCUAUCUCCAGGACAGCCCAGGAGAGGAUUCCCUAAAGCUGGACCAGCACAAGCCCUGAGAAGUGUAAGAGGAGUGUAAGUGUGCUCUGCUGCAUUGUGACAUGGAGCACUGAACCAUCGGCAAAGGGACAGCAAACAAACUGCCUUGCCACUUGGUGCCAUCCUGGCUGGAAAAUCCAGCAAUUCCAGAUCUCCAAAGCCUGUUUCCAUCUGCUACCAAAGCUGAAUUCCUCCACUGGUUAGGCUGUGCAGGAGAUGGGAGGGGAACAUCUAGAACAUAGUCAAUAAAAACUUUAAAGGGAAAUAAAGAGGUUGUUUGAAUAUUUAUCAGAACAAAGUGCAGGAGGAAUUUCAGGAUGAAUGGAAGAGUGUGUUCAGCACCAGAGCAUAUAGAUCUCUGCUUGUUAUAAGGAAAUGAAAGCAUUUUGGGGAGGGUUUAUUGGUGUGUUUAGGUGACUUCUCACUACUCUACCUGACUUCAUGGUUGCUUUGACUCACUGGAAAACAUGAGCCAGCUGCCUCUGGCACUGCUGCUACUGGGAGAUCUCCAGAAGACAACAACCGAUGGCUUUGCUCAGGGAGAUCCACCAGCCAGCAGAAAGGAGCCAUCAGCUCAGUAUGUUUGGAAAGGUUUUCAAGUUCAAAUCCACCCACAAUCAGCUGUGACUGUUAAAUUCACAGAGAAGUGGGUUUGUUGUGGACAAAGGAGGAAUCCCAGUUUCUCUCUGGUCUGAGCUAUAGGAACACAAUGUGUGCUGGAGCCUGGCAAGGGGAGGGCAGAGAAAGGGCCAGGAGAAAGGAGCCAUUUUGUAUGAUCCUGGCUCUGCCAUGGGCUCACGUGGGCACAGGCAUGGCUCUUGCUCUCUCACAACACUGACUAUCACAGUGACAUCACUCCAUAUGGCAAAGACUCCAUUGCUCCCUCCACAGCCAAGUAUCCUCAGGUCCUGCCCAGAGUCCUUCAGUAAAAGCUCUACCAUCCAUCCUGAGCAGCAACACAAGGAGUGCAUUUGGCCCCAAAUCCCUGUUUGCUCUGCAGGGCUGUGUGAACUGCCCAAGCUGAGCUCAGUGUCCCUUAUCCUCUCUGCUCCCUGUGGGCAGGCACAGGACAGGGCAGCUGUGUCCUCCUCCUGCUGCCCUUCACCAACACCCUAUGGAUUCCCAGGGAAUCACUGAGGAGGCAGGCAGUGUGGUGGAGGAGGUACAGGUCACUCAUACCUUUGAGAAUUCCAUCCCCUGGAUUUGUUUCGAGCCCAUCAUGUACAAAGAGUAACUUUAUCAUGUGGGAAAAGAUUCUCUCAUGUUCAAACAUCUCUGCAGAGUUUUGUUAUUUCAGCAGGAGCAGUAAUGAGGGCAUGGUUCAGGGAUUCCCUGUUAGCAAACACUGCCUGUUUUCACAGCAAAUGGUAUUUUGGGGGCAGUAAAAGAGUUCCUGGAGUGAGCUGCAGGUUCUGGAGCUCAACUGAUAAUCACAGCUCACCUUUCAGCAGCCCUUUCCUCCUCUGGGUGUCAGACACUGUGUGUACACACAGAAUGGAAUUAAACUGCAGAGCCAGCUCAGCAACUUGGGUCAUUGUUUACUCUCCCUUUCCCAAAACUACAGUGAAUUUGUUGUCCAAAGAAGAAGAGCACUGGAGUUCAACCCUGCCUCUGAACUGAACUGGGGAGUUAUGGGUACAGAAGGGAAGAAGCUCAAAUGCCACUGGUGCUUUCCAAAAACUCCUCAGUUCCGGAUGCUGCCUCCAAACCCAUGCAGAGCCUGGUUCAGAUGGUGGCACAAGCUGAUGGAUUGCAGGGCUCCCAAGCUGUGUCACAUUAUCACUCAAAAUCCAGCCACCUCUGCCAAGCUGGCAGGCUCCUCCUGCCACAGAUAAUCCCACAUGUCAGCCUAAGCCUUAGUUCAGAAGCUGGGCACAUCCUGCAUGACGUCAGGCAUUUAUAGAAUCCCAAAAUCCUACAAUAGUUUGGCUUGGGAGGGACAAGAUUGUUCAACCCCUGCCAUGGGCAGAGACCUUCCACUAUUCCAAAUUGCUUCAAGCCCUGUCCAACCUGGCUUUGGACACUUCCAGGGAUGGGGCAGCCACAGCUUCUCUGCCAAUCUGUGCCAGGGCCUGACCACCCUCACAGGGAAGAAUUUCUCCACAAUCUCCCAUCCAACCCUGCCCUCUGGCAGUGGGAAG